UAAUUUGAUAAUCUUUUGAAAGAAGACCGCAUGUGAUAAAAAAGUUCCAUUAGAAUAUUCCAAUUUCCCAGCGUUCACAAAAGCACAAAAGCUGAGAUGCUGGACUUCCUCCAAGGCAGAAAAGCCUUUGUGUUUCGUCUGUAACAUUUUCUGGGAAAUCUUGCUCCAACUAUCUCUCCAGAUUUUUGGACGAUGAACCCUGCGAAAAGAGCCGCCGAGCUCCUCUUAUCUCACAACCUCAGGUCUCUGUUGGACUCCGUUGAGGCCUUUCUCUUCGAUUGCGAUGGUGUGAUUUGGAAAGGUGAUAAGCUCAUUGAUGGCGUCUCUGAAACACUUGAAUUGCUUCGGUCUAAGGGGAAGAAGCUGGUUUUUGUGACCAAUAAUUCCACAAAAUCAAGAAGGCAAUACGCGAAAAAGUUCAAUUCCCUUGGAAUUUCAGUUAGUGAGGAGGAGAUAUUCUCCUCAUCUUUUGCUGCUGCCAUGUACUUGAAGGUCAAUAAUUUUCCUCGAGAAAAGAAGGUAUAUGUGAUAGGUGGGGAAGGUAUAUUGCAAGAGCUGCAGCUUGCUGGAUACACAGGCCUUGGUGGCCCAGAAGAUGGCGAAAAAAAAGCAGAAUGGAAAUCAAAUUCCCUAUUUGAACAUGAUAAGAGUGUUGGAGCAGUUGUGGUUGGGCUAGACCCAUACAUCAACUAUUACAAGCUUCAGUAUGGAACCCUAUGCAUACGUGAAAAUCCAGAGUGUCUCUUUAUUGCUACCAAUCGUGAUGCUGUAGGACAUAUGACUGACUUACAGGAGUGGCCUGGUGCUGGUUGUAUGGUUGCUGCCAUGUGUGGUUCAACUGAGAGAGAACCUAUUGUAGUUGGGAAACCAUCAACCUUCAUGAUGGACUUUCUAUUGCAAAAAUUUCAAGUCAGUACCUCCAAAAUGUGUAUGGUGGGAGACAGAUUAGACACGGACAUCUUAUUUGGGAAAAAUGCUGGCUGCAAAACUCUUCUUGUUCUUUCAGGCGUGACAAAUCAAUCUACUCUAGAAGAUCCAUCAAACACUAUCCAACCAGAUUAUUAUACGAGCAAGAUUUCUGAUUUCCUUCACUUACUGGGACCAUAAACACAUCAUUUUCAUUUGAGUAAUUUUUCAGGCAAAUUGACAAUGCCAGUGCCAAGUCCAUGUUUUCUUAAUGGGUCAGAAAAUCAGUUGAUUACUCAUUCAUAAACGUUCAUUGCAUUACCUUAUAACAUGUCAUUUUUACUAAAUGUCAUUCCAAUUAAUUGUAAUAAAUCACACUUGCAAUUUUGGUUU